ACUUGGAUUAUUUGAUCUAACAGAUUUCAUAGUUUGAAAUCUAAGUUCUUUGACAUUGGUUUGCAGUGAUAAAGUAGUUAGGAAAUUAGAGUUUGUGGCAAAGUCUUAAUUCCUUUUAAGAAUAUAAUGAGUGAGGAACUACCUUUAUCCGGGGUGGUUAAUGGGCGAUCUAGAAGAAUAAGAAAGAAAGUAGAAAAAGAAGAAGAAGGAGAAGAAGAAGGAAGAAAAAGUAAAACAAAGAAUGUAACUGGAAAGAGAAACAAAAAGACCAAGAAAAGAGAAAAAAGCAGUGAUCCUUCAGAUAGUUUAAAUAACAGUUAUGUCAGAACAACCGAGUUUAAAUCAGAAAACAGGGACAGGAUAAACAAUGAUAUAUCGAACCACAGGGCAAGGAAGAAAGACGUAAACCCAGCUAAAGAAGAGAGAAGAAGACGAAGAGAAAGAGAACGGAUAAACCAAGAGAAUGAGAAUACAGAGAACGGUGGGCAACAAGAUGAAAUCAUCGAACCUCAACCAGACUUACAGGCCAGAGUUAUAGGAGUAUUUAUUCAUGAAUGCGAGGUUCUAAAAAUGGAUUUUUUAAUCGCUCACCCUGUUGUUAAAGUCAGUUUGGUUGAUGGAUUAACUGGAAACUUUCUAGAGAAAACAAAUCCUAGCCGUAGAGUCACUUCUUACUAUGAAGAUGAAAAAGUUUCACGAAUUCUGCCAUUGAUGACGCAGCCUUUCGACUUCCGGCUUAAGAGAGACAUUCUACCAAAGUGGGAGGAAUUACUAUUGUUCAAUGAUGAUUUUGAUGCAACAUUUGAAAAACAUGAGAAUAUCGUGAUGUUCUUUGAGAUCAUCGAUUUUGUGAGUAUGGCAGUUGCAAAUGAAAAUUACAGGAACAAAUUACCAAUAAAUUGA